UGAUUAUCGUGCUGACACAGGCGAACGGAUAUGGCUGGUGGUGGUGGCGCAAGUGCACGGAAGGAGCUUGUGCGAGCUGUAGGCCUGUGCAUGCUCUGGUACCUGGGCUCCAUGAUGAACAGCAUCUUCAGCAAGAGUGCAAUGAAGGUGUUUCCGCGGCCCAUCACCGUCACCAUGGCGCAACUGUUGAUGGUCAACAUCUGCUUGCCGUUUUUCCUGCCAAGCAAGAUGCCAAGGCUAUCGCGAAAGGAUUGGACCUCGUGGGUGAUUCCACUGACGGUUCUCAAGAUUGUGGUGAGCCUGUCAUCACAGAUCAGCAUCCUCAAGGUCCCCGUCGCCUACGCUCACACAGUCAAGGGCAUGAUGCCAAUCUUCACGGUGUUUCUAUCCAAGGUCUUCCUGAACCAGCACCACCCUCUCCUCGCAUACAUUAGCCUCAUCCCCAUCAUCAGUGGCGUCGUUAUUGCGUCGGUGACUGAGCUGCAGUUUGACCUGCUGGGCCUCAUCAGUGCCCUCGUGGCCACGUUCACAUUCGCCAUCCAAAACAUCUUCUCAAAGAAGGUGAUGAAAAAGGGGGUGCAUCACAUCAGCAUCUUGCUGCUUGUGAGUCAGAGCGCGUUUGUUGCGCUCCUGCCCUAUUGGCUCUGGAACGAAGGCACAGACAUCCUCUUUGGCGACACCUUUACCUCGCUCGGGGACCAGGCGUUUGUGGUGCUCUAUGAGAUGGCGCUGUGUGGACUUUGCAGUGCAAUUCAAACCAUCGCUGCAUUCACCUUUCUCUCAUACGUCACGCCAGUCACUUACUCGGUUGCGAAUGUUGCCAAGAGGAUUGUGAUUAUCGUUGCGUCGAUGCUGUUCUUCCAGAAUCCCGCCACGCCCGCCAACAUUGCCGGCAUUGCCAUCUCAAUCUGUGGGAUUGCGCUGUACAACAAGUCGAAGCUGGAUGAACGGCGACGAACACAAAUGCAGCAGCAGCUCGCCAUGGACGAGGCAAAGUGGGGCGGCGGUGGUGGUGGUGGUGGUGUCAUGAACGGGUACAACGGCGCACACCACCAGCAACAGCAGCAGCCCUCGUUCUUUGCUAAUCAACACUACACCAGUGGUGGAAAGCGAAAGCCGUUUGGCCCGCUCCACGUCGUUUGA